AACAGGGCUUGGUUCUGUGAGUUCUGAUCCACAUCCUAGCUCAGACUGCGACUGGAGAGAGACGCUUGCAGGAGGCAUCUCAGGAGCAUCACUUCCACUGAUCUUAUGUUGGACUCAACGAUUAUACUCUAGCUACUAAAACCACUGUAACAACAAAGGAAAGGACAACAAAAUGGGACAUUCCGCAAUUCAAAUUUUGCUGGCUGCGAUGUCCUUUUACGCGUGUGGAAGCGUCGAGGGCCUGGCGAUGAGCGAGGUGAAUGGGCCCGGCCUUCAGGUGGCAGAACCGCAGAUUGCAAGGUUCUGUGGCCGUCAGCUCCUGCAUAUGAACCUGCAGACGGGCCAGUGGGAGCCGGAUCCUCAGGGCCGCAAGGACUGCUUCAAAGAUCCCAGUGAAAUUCUGUCUUACUGUCAGGAGAUGUACCCAGCGCUUUCGAUCUCCCACGUAGAGGAGGCAAAAAGUCCUGUGACCAUCCCUUACUGGUGUAAGAAAGGCUGGAGCCACUGUCAGACACGCCCGUUCAUAGUGGUGCCCUUUCGUUGCCUAGAGGGUGAAUAUGUGAGCGAGGCCCUGCUGGUUCCAGACCGAUGCCGUUUCCUGCACCAGGAGCAGAUGGAUGCGUGUGAGAGUUAUGUAUACUGGCACAACAUUGCCAAGGAGGCGUGCACUGCAGACAACCUGGAGCUCCACAGCUAUGGGAUGCUUUUGCCUUGUGGAGAAAAUUUCCGUGGGGUGGAGUAUGUGUGCUGCCCAGGUCGAAGCAGUUCCAGCAGUAAAGCAGAACUCGAGGAGAGAGAACUCCUCACUGGCCACCAGACUUCCCAGAAUGGUGGAACACUCAAUUCAGUCAUCAAGGUGACAGCACCCACCCCAAGCCCUUCCCCUGACCAGGAUUUGUAUGAGACAGACAUGGAGGAAGAGGAUGAUGAGGUGGUAGAGGAAGAUGAUGAGGAGGAAGAGGAAGAUGAGGAUGAGGUUGAUGAGGAACCGGUGGAGGUGGAGGAUGAGGAGGAGCCAAUAGCUGUGAGAAACUCAGAGAAGUAUGAAUACCCCAUUGACUCCGGUCCCUACCAGACCUCUGACUAUGUGGACUCCUACGAAAAAAGCUACAAGCCCACAACCUCGGCCCCACUGAAAGGAGACAUCGUCACUACCCCCCGGCCCACAGAUGGUGUCGAUGUUUAUUUUGAGCGGCCAAUCGAUGACACAGAGCACGCCAACUUCCUGCAUGCCAAAACAGACCUGGAGGAGCGGCGAAUGAAGCGCAUCAAUAAGAUCAUGAAAGAGUGGGCAGAGGCAGACAACAAGUCAAAGAAUCUGCCUAAAUCACAACAGCAAGCCCUGAAUGAGCACUUCCAGUCUGUGCUGCAGACUCUGGAGGAGCAAGUGGCUGGCGAGAGACAGAGGCUGGUCGAGACUCACCUGGCCAGAGUGGAGUCCAUUCUCAACAACAACCGCCGCCUGGCCCUGGAGAACUACCUGACUGCCGUACAGUCUGACGAGCCACAGCCAGAGCGUGUGCUGCAGGCUCUGAAGCGAUACAUGGCGGCCGAACAGAAGGACCGCAGACACACACUCAGGCACUACCAGCACAUUGUGGCCGUCGACCCACAGAAGGCUGAGCAGAUGAAAUUCCAGGUGUACACACAUCUGCAUGUGAUCGAAGAGAGGAUGAACCAGAGUCUGGCGCUGCUCUACAAGGAUCCUAUCUUGGCCGAAGAGCUACAUGAUGACAUCCAAGAGCUGGUGCGUGCAGAGCGGGGGGACAUCAGUGAGCUCAUGACCACCUCCUUCUCUGAGACCCACACCACGGAGGAGCUUCUGCCUGCCGAGAGCGAGGAGGAGAAGGAUGACGAGGAAGAAGAGGAGAGAGAAUUCCAGAACAGGCCUUAUCCUCCCCGCGUUGAACUCCAGUCUAAUAAGAAAGAUGAAUAUGAUUAUAGCACAUCAGAGAGGGGUCCUACUUACGAAUACGAGGAGAAGGUAAAGAUCAACACCUCUGUGGAACUCAAGCAGUUGGUCUACAAGCCUGACGAGAUCGAGAGAGAUGAACUGCAACCUGACGCCUUGGAGACGUUCAACCGCGGCGCCAUGGUUGGCUUGCUGGUGGUGGCUGUGGCUAUCGCCAUGGUGAUGGUCAUCAGUCUGUUGCUGGUGCGCAGGAAGCCGUACGGCACCAUCAGCCAUGGCAUCGUAGAGCAGGUCGACCCCAUGCUGACCCCGGAAGAACGACAGCUCACCAAAAUGCAAAACCACGGCUACGAGAACCCCACUUACAAAUUCUUUGAGCAGAUGAACUGAGUUCCCACGGGGCCGUCAGCAAGUCGACCACCGCCGGUUACGUCCCGUCGUCAAGGCGGUGGUAGUGGUGCGCCAACCCCUCCACCACCUGUGAUGGAUUUACAACAUUGAGAAAAUAUCACUUAUCUGGAUAAGCUCGCUCUUUAUUCCAUAGAACAUCGUAAAUGACCAACAACGUGAGUCAUCAUUAGCAAAAUGUGAAUGAACAAUUCCACACCUGUAAUCUUCAUUGGAUUAGAUCCUGCUGCAUAAUGUAGGAAAUGCUCCCAUCCGACCAUCCGAGUGGCAUGACAUGACCAACCCACACACUAGAAGCCGAACGGUGCAUAAUGCUUUAUAAUCCUUCUUUUGACAUACUGUAGUCCAUUUCACUUAGAUCAUAGUGUGUAGACGAGUGUAAUAGGCAACCUGCUCAUUCUCAUUAGAACACCACAAAUGACCAAGAAUAAACUACAAUGUUUAACUCCACCAUAAAGCAGAACAUUAAAAACCUCCGAGAAUCAGCCCUCAAUAGUUGCUGUGAAUAAAUUGGCAAACACGCACCAGCUAUCCCAUUUAGCUUAGUUGCCGGAUUUGUUCAAUUGAUUUGUACUGCUACCUAAAUAACCUUAAAACACAAUAAACUACCGUUAGUUCGAAGCAUGACAAGUCAGUCGGUGUAUGAAGCUGCUGUAAUUCUUUGCGUUGUUCCCGUCACUGCUCCGUUCCGAACGGAAACUGUAAAUAACGUGGGAAGUACAUCCUCCUUGUCGUUGGUGUGUAAUGGAAUUAGCCCAUCCACCUAGUAGUUCAUUGUGCUGUAACGAGAAGGACAAACAUUUUCCUUACAUGGCUGAUUGAAAACGGACUGUUGUAAAAAAAAAAAAAAAAAAAACAGCACAAGACGACACAGUAACUUAUUUCUGAAUGUAUUUAGGGUAGAUGUUGAGAUUCCAUUCCCUUACUUAUUUGUUCAUUUAUUUAUUUUCACCCAGAGUAGUGAGGUUUAGGACAUGCCUGAUGCUCCUGUCAUCACAUGUAGCUCAUUAGUCGUACAUUGGGUUGGAAAGCAAAGGAAGCCGGAGGUGUAAAAUACUCUAGAAUGCAGUAUAUUUGUGUCAGUGUGUGUAUUCAAUCCUAAAAACACAGCACACUUAGAUAUAAGUCUUGAUAAUAUGUCUUUUAAAUCUGAUAGUCUUGACAUCUGUGGACUGAACAACACAGCAUUAGCACUAUAGAUGCUUUAAGAAGUUCUUUUCCUCGUUAGUUGUGUAUGUCAUUUUAUUAUAACGCCACUUGAGUAAAUUGAAGAGGGCAGGAAGUGGAGAUAGUAAAUAAUAUGCUUUGUUUUUUCAAAAACACACCAUGAGUAAGAAUUGUGUGUUUUAUGAGGCGGGCUGCGGUUGUGUUAGGACAGGUCGCAGCCUUUGUAUAAUUUGUACAGCUAUGUUAGUGAAUGACAACGUGGUAUGUUCACAGUUUAAGUACGUCAAUCUUGCCAUGAUACUAAUACGAAUCAUAGAUGAGAAUAAGCUUGCCUGUUUUUUGCUUUUAUUUUUUUUUCAUCAUCGCAAAAAAACUAAGGGUUCCCCACUACGAAGGACUGUUAGGGCAACACUGAAGAAGUGGUAUUAAAGUGCUGUUUAAUUUAAUACUACUACUUUACUCUCGUACAUUUACGUCUUUUUCCCCUCAUAAUAGUAAUUAUGUUACCAGAAACAAGUCGGAAUUACUAGGAAGUAAAGAAGUAAUAUUACGUUACUGCUAUAUUAGAAAAAAAAGUACAUUUUUAACUAAAAAAGUUGUAAUCUUACCAGAAAAAUGUUGCAAAUGUCAAAAAUCCCGAACAAAUCCAAGUUUACUCUCUGUCUCUCUGUAGCAACCUGCCAUAUAUUUACUGAUUAGUUUAAUUAAAUAGGAGCCUCAUUUAUGAUUACAUGAACAAACAAGAAAAGAUGGGAUUUCAGUGUGUGUUUCUUUUUCAGGAGCAGACACUUGAAACAUUUGUACAAUGACAUGAAACUGUUCAUAACAAUUGGCUGGCGACCACCCAGGUUGUACCCUGCCUCUCUCCCGAAUUCAGCUGGGAUAGCCUCCAGCAUGGAGUACGGGAACACCUGCAGGUGUUCCCAAACUUUUGGAGGGGAGUGUACCCGCGACCCACGUGAGGACAAGCGGUGUUCAUAAUAAAUCACGGUACACAUUUAUGAUAAAUGUAAUUUUCAGACUUUAUUCCCUUUGGAUUUUUGCUAAAAAAAUACUGCUUUAUUUUCAUAUUUCUUCUUUGUAAUAUUACAACUUUAUUCUAGUAGUCAUUUUUUCAGUGUGUCCCGAAUACUCCUUCAUACCCUACCAGCAUUUAGCAGAUGUAGAAAGGUAUGUAAUGCCGUUACCCCCACUUCACCUUUAUAUGUUAGUCCUCUGUUCCAAUUUUCAUCAAUCUGGUUCUAUCAAUCCUAUUUAAAAAUGCAAAACCAUGUGAAAUAAUAAUAAUUUUAAAAAAAAAAUCAUUGCUGCAUUAUUGCCUUUUACAAUGCUGUGUUUUGGAUGUAAUUAUAUUGUAUUUUUUAUUUAUACUGUACUUAAUAAUCAGUUGGAUCAAGGGUCAUAUGCUUUUCACGUGUAAUUUUAGGAGCUUGUAUAGUACAACGAUGACAUGUUUCAUAUAAAUGUGAACUAUAGUCAGGUGUAUAUACAGCCUCUGACUAAUUGACAGCGUCUGGCACUAAGCACAAUACAACCAAAUGACUCUGUCUGAGCCAGGGAUGGGCAUUCGACUACAUUUCCUUGACCCAACAAUCAAUUAAUUUAUUAUGUUUUUAAAUGAAAUUCUUAAUGGAACGUGAGAGUAUCUCUGCGAAUGUUCUGAAGUCCUGUUUUGACAGCAGUCUGAGCAGAAUGACGCUGCGAGAAUGUAGCUCAAGUGUAGUUGACAUGAUGAGUUUAGACUGGAUCAGCAGCACCUCUGCUGGUUACAAUCAUGUAGUACACUUCAUUUAGCCUCAAUUGCUUCAAGACACAAAAAAUCAAUAAACAAUCUGUCUAUCGAUCUUGCCCAUCCCUGGUUUGCACGGAUUUGUAAAUGUAAGACACUGGUUCUGUACCACCUCUGAUAGUAGUAGUUAGUUUGUUUUUCCAUCUGGACAUUAACUAAAGCCAUGCACCAAAAAGAAGCUGAUAUUCAAAUUGGGAAAAAGUUGUUCUCUGUUGUGUAAAUGUACUUGCAAGCAAUCCGAGGCUGUAAAACCCUCCACGCUAAAUGAUAGUGUAAUAAAAAAAAAAGAAAAAAGAAUGACCCAUUAAAA